AUGGCUACCGUGCUCCCGGCUCCCCAUGAACGGGACGCCCGCCUCUCUCCGAACCGGCUGCGCCCUCCGACGGCUCAGACAUACUUCCUGGAAGACCAAGGGGUCUUCUUCAAAUCCUCUAUGCCCGAAUACGACGAGACGGAAUAUCCCAGCCCCCUACCUUCAUCGACCUCCUCAACCAUUCCCUCGUCUCCGGAAUUUCCUCCUUCUCCGAGCCCUUCAUCUUACACGCCUACCACCAGCAGUCUGUCCUUGAGCGCAACUCCCGAAAGAGAGGAGGACGAGAUCGUGCUGCCGUCCUAUGAUGCCAGUGACUACUCCAGUCCAGAGACGCAUGCCGCGAAGGCCUCUUCGAACAGUGGCAUUGCACCUCAUUCAACUUCCGACAAAGACACAUCCCAUCCGGACCGGAUAGAGACCAAUUUUACAACCGCUUGUCGGACGGCCGGCGACGAUUCGUCCAUAGAAGAGGAACCCGAGAGGCAUGUCGACUAUUUAUCCCAUGAAUGGCGGGAGGAAGACAUCUGGGCAUCCUGGCGCUAUGUGGUCUCACGAAGAAAUCGCUAUAGCAAUGCUGUCCGACUGGAAAACGCUUCAUGGAGGACGUGGGCAAAAGCGAAAUACAACUUACGAACGGUCUCUCCAGAGACGCUGAACUGGUUGAAGGACUGUGAUGUGACCUGGCUAUACGGUCCCUUGCAGACUGACAGCAAGCGGCCGCCCAUAUCCAACACCACCCCUUCUUCCAGUAGAUUGUCUUCUGCAAACUCGUUCCUAGACAGAAAGUCUAUCCUAAAGAAGAAAACCGCGUCCGAAGCCAUUCUUCAGCGUUCGCUGUCUCAACACACGCUUCUUAAGCAUGCUGGGGCCAUUCUUCAGGCGCAGAAAGCAGAACAUACUAGGGGACAACCUAACUUUGACAUUUCGCUGGGUCGCAGAUCGGACUACUCCUUUGGUUCCACUGGGACGAAUUCGACGUCUUCCGGUCUGGUUUCACCGAGCGAGAAACGCCACAUCCACUUCAACAAUGAGGUCGUGCAAUGUAUUGCCGUCGAAGCGAAAGACGGCGAGGAUGAUGACGACGAUCCUUCUCUUUUCCAUUUCGACCAAGAAGACGAUGACGAAUCGGAUGACGGUGUCGUGAUGAUGAAACAAUUUCCUUCCAAAGCACCGAUCAGCAGUCGAAGCACUCCUCGGAACAGCUUCAGCAGUGAGAGCAAGACAAUUGCCCCUUUGCCUUCGACCACGUUAAAAUACCGUGGAGAUACCCCUGAACCACCCCAGCAUUCACGCUCUUCCCCGACCACAACGGGCGAGUUGUCCCCGUCACCUUCGGUGGAGACCCUGCGGCCUCCGAGGCCCGAGGCCAACUUUCUCCUCGAUGACGAGGAAAACGAUCUGGACCCAGAUUGGCAACCCGAUCGAGCCGGGUACGACUCUUCCCGCGAUCGUCCGUGGUUCGUGAACCCAGAAGAUGAAGACGAGCUGGAGAAUGGUGAUCUCCACUUCCCGUCGUCGGACAUGUUUUUCUCCUCUGAAGAAGGGGAGUCUCAGUACACUGGUCUUUUUGGCCGAAUUGCGGAUACGAUCAACACAGCCCGAGAUAUUGCGCACGUUAUAUGGAACGUAGGCUGGCGACGAUGA